UCUUGAUAAAUCAUCAAUGAGUCAGUCUAAUACCAUGAUAUCACUAAUUAGAAGAUGUGUUGUUUGAGUACUAACAUGAAUUAAAUUAAUAAAUCUCUCAAUGAAUCUAUGAAACAGUAAAACAUAAAUAAGAAGAACAUUGUCCGUGACAAUGCAACUUUGGUGAUAUAAAUAUCAAAUACACAGGUUGUGGCAGGGUUUGGCACACGGAGGUUGUGUGUUCGAGCUACUGCUCUCUCGACGGGAUGGGCGUUUUCUCCGUGAUACCUUGAUCCGGUUUCAUACGCGAAAAGGGGUAGUCAACACCGUGGUUUGGCCCCCAUUGCAAACAUCACUGAAGAUGGUGACCGUGGAGAGAGUAUGCCACGUUAUAAAAAAAAUGUCAAAUGCACUUAAAAGAAAUUUUGAAUAUUGAUUCAUUCUUUCGAAAACAUCGCGUAUUGAAUUAUUGACGAUAAUUCACUUUGUAAGCUAUCAAGCUAAACUCUUAUUAACAACCAUUAACUUAUUUUCCUAGAAAUUAUAAUGUUGGGAAAUUGAAAACAAAGAGUUCGAAUCCAAAUCGAUAUCUAAUUUCUUAAUCCUUGUGAAAAUCCGAAAUCAAAUUUCUAAACCGAAAAGGAUCAUACAAUGAUUCCCCACAUAAAAAAAAGAAGGAAAAUCAGACCUUAACCAACUAACAAAUUAUUCAAUUCCUUUUCGUACGCACACCAAACCAUCAAUCCUCCACCACAGGAGGCGACGAUGGACGAGAGCCUCUUCCUCGUCGACCAAUCCAAUCCAUGUCCCGUCGGCCUCGGCCCCCGCAAAUCGUCCGCCGCCGCCGCAGCCGCCGUGUUCUCCAGCUUCACCAUCGAGAUGAUCGAGCUGGACCAGUCGUCGAAGGCGUACACCAGCAUCAAGAACCUGCUGCGGACCACGUCGAUGCUGUCGCCGCUCUGCUGCAGCUCCAGCUGGGAAGACAUCCCGCUCAAGGACCCGCUCGUCAAGCAGGCCGCCUGGGCCUACCUGCAGCCGAUGGCGUCAACGGCGGGGGAGGACUGCGGCGGCGGGGGGUUUUUCGGGAUUUUCCGGCGGGGCAUGGAUAAUAGAUCCCCGGUGGAGUGCGGCUGCCUCGCGUGGCUGAACGAAAUCGUCGUGAAAGGAUUUCUCGAAUUGCUGUCGGGGAAGAAGAGAAUUGAGUGUUUGCCGGAUGACGACGAGGAAGAGAACGAGAACUUCGCCGGCCGGGGAGACUACGACGACGGCGAGAAGGCUGACUGAAUUGAAAAAGAAAGAGAAGAGUUUCGUUUUUUUCACGAGUCUAUUUCGUUUGACUGGUCGACACUUGAUAGUGGCACAAUUGUAAUAUACAAAGUGGAUUCCUUUUUCUUACUUACUUAGGGAUUGAGUAAUUUGAAGGAGUUAGCUUUAGAUCAGUGAUUUGGUAGAGUUAUAAUUGAAUGAAUCAUCAACGUAAUC